AUGCAGAAGGAUAUUCGUAGAAUCAUUGAUAAGGACGGCGAUGUUGUUGUUAUUGCAAAUCUCAGUGACAAUACUUGGAGAUUCUAUGAUAACAACAACUCUUUGUUAUGGCAAUUCAUUUUCACUUUUGUUGCAGGUAUAAAUUCAAGUUGGAUUGCAGUUUUAGGAAGUGACGGUGUCAUUACUUUCUCAAAUCUCAACGGUGGUGGAUCAAAUGGUGGUUCUUCAACAAGAAUACCACAAGAUCCUUGUCAAACACCAGAGCCUUGUGAACCUUACAACAUAUGCACAAAUAGUGGUAAGUGUAGCUGUCCUUCUGUUCUUCUUCCUAGUUGUAAACCAGGUUUUGUUUCUCCUUGUGGUGAUGAUAAAUCAGAAAAGUCUAUUGAACUUCUGAAAGCUGAUGAUGGACUUAGUUACUUCGCGCUCGAUUUUCUUCCGCCCUAUUCGAAUACCGAUUUGGCCGGUUGUCAAACAUCUUGCCGUGGAAAUUGCUCUUGUCUUGCAAUGUUCUUCCAUACAAGUUCAGGGAACUGUUUCUUGUUGGACAGUGUUGGAAGUUUUCAGAAAUUCAAUGAUUCUGAUUCUGGUUAUGUUUCUUACAUUAAGGUUGUCUCAAGUGAUGAAAGUGGAACCAGAAAUAAGCACAUCAUCAUAGGUGUUGUGGUUGCUGUCAUAUUAACUUUGGUUGUAAUUCUGCUCUUUGUCGUGGUUCGAUACUACAAGAAAAAGAAAAAUUUAGCUCGAGAGAAUUCAGAUGAAGACGAUUUCUUGGAGAAUUUAACCGGUAUGCCAAUCCGUUUCCGCUAUAAAGAUCUUGAAGUUGCAACUGAUAACUUCUCUUUGAAGCUUGGUCAAGGAGGUUUUGGAUCAGUUUACAAAGGAGUUCUACCUGAUGGAACUUAUUUAGCUGUGAAGAAGCUAGAAGGUAUUGGUCAAGGGAAAAAAGAGUUCAGAGCUGAAGUUAGCAUCAUUGGUAGCAUUCAUCACCUUAAUUUGGUAAGGCUUAAAGGAUUUUGUGCAGAUGGAACUCAUAGACUUCUAGUUUAUGAGUAUAUGGCUAAUAACUCAUUGGAUAAAUGGAUAUUCAAGAAGAAGAAAAGCGAAUUUAUUUUGGAUUGGGAUACAAGGUUUAAUAUAGCAUUAGGAACAGCAAAAGGACUUGCUUAUCUGCAUCAAGAGUGUGACUCAAAGAUUGUUCAUUGUGACAUUAAGCCUCAAAAUGUACUUUUGGAUGAUCAAUUCACUGCAAAAGUUUCAGAUUUUGGUUUAGCUAAGCUAAUAAAUAGAGAACAAAGCCAUGUUUUCACAACGCUGAGAGGAACACGUGGCUACCUCGCACCUGAGUGGAUAAAAAACUAUGCUAUAUCAGAGAAAAGUGAUGUAUACAGUUAUGGGAUGGUGUUGCUAGAGAUAAUUGGUGGAAGGAAGAACUAUGAUCCUAACGAGACUUUAGAGAAAUCCUAUUUUCCUCUGUAUGCUUUUAAGAUGAUGGAUGAAGGGAAUCUAAAGGAUAUCAUUGAUUCAGAGUUGAAAAUGGAUGAGGAGUGUGAUGAUAGGGUUCAUUGUGCUAUAAGUGUUGCAUUGUGGUGCAUACAAGAAGACAUGUCUAUGAGACCUUCCAUGACAAAAGUUGUGCAAAUGUUAGAGGGUGUUUGCAAUGUUCCUAAGCCACCAAAAUCCUCCAAUGAAGGAGACACAUCUUCUGAUGCUUAUCUAUCAGGAAUUAGUCUAUCAGGUCCAAGAUAACAAUUGUGUUAAUAAUUAGCAGCUGUAUUUUAACAUUUUAGCAUGUGAUUAGUAACAAAUUAGCAGUUGUAUUUUACCAUGUGAUUAGCAUAUAGCAUAGGUAGCUCCUUGAGUAUCUCUUAUGUUUUAAUUACAUAUCUAAGAGUCUGUUUGGUAACACCAA